CAUACAUUAGUCCAAAACCGACGACAAAUACGACGUAGUAACAACGAAAUUAAGAAAUACAAACAAACAAACGACCCAUCCGAAGACGCAUCUAUCUACCGUAUCUAUCUGUAUAUCUCUCCUCUUUUCUCUAUCUUCCAAGUCUCUAAAAUGAAACACAUAUCUGAAUUCUAAUCUCUCGCCAUUUGAUUCAGUCCAUUUUUUUUUAUAACUCAGUAUCUGACCCACUAGAUUAACUAAUUACUACUCAAGGAUGGGAAACUGUAACUCGGACGAGUCAACCUCUGUUGUUACCACGACGGCGAAGCUGGUGUUCUUGGACGGAGCACUUCAAGAGUUCUCGUCGCCGGUGAAAGUCUCCCACGUGCUUCAGAAGAACCCGGCGUGUUUCGUGUGUGACUCGGACGAUAUGUACUUCGAUGACUUUGUUUCAGCGAUGGAUGGGGAGGAGGAGCUUCGGUUAGGGCAGCUUUACUUUGCUCUGCCGUUGAAUUGGUUGGGGCAGCCGCUUCAGGCGGAGGAUAUGGCGGCUUUGGCAGUUAAAGCCAGUGUGGCUCUUGAAAAGAGUUGCGGCGGUGGCGGUGGCGGUGGCGGUGGCGGUGGCGGUGGCGGGUUAGUGGAAGAGAGAAGAGAGAGGAGAGGUGGUGGUGGUAGUGGUGGCGGUCGUCAUAAAGGGCGUAAGUUCACCGCAAAGUUGAGUGUGAUAGAGGAAGAUUGAAGAGUGGGAACGGACAAAUCAAGAUAACUUGCACAUAAAUAGAUAACAUAAUUGAAAAAAAUUAUGUAUGAUUUUGUAAUUUAUUUUUAGACUUUUUUUUUAACAAGGGCAAGGUGGUUUUCUCUAGUUGGUUACUUCUCUCUAUCUCACCAGAAAUGGCCUAUGCUACUACUGUUUGGUAGUAGUGUCUUUUAAUCUUUAUAAGAGCCUAAAUCAAGUUCAACUUGAUUGUGGGUAUGUAUCACUUAUUAAAGCCAUUAAAGAUUGCUCACCUUAAAUUUGUACAUAACUUUGUAUGAGUUGGCAAAUGACUAGC